AUGGCAAACUAUGGCCCGGUGGUGUCGUGGCAGCCGCAACACGUGCGCGACGGACCCUACGCCCUGCGCUGCGGAGACUGCUUGAGAUGCCAAGCGCAACGUCUGGGGACGCGAUCCUUGACCAAUGAGCCGCUGCCCUACAAGGAGGAAGCCAGCUAUCACCAACUCUGCCGUGGAUGCGGCAAGCAGAUGCUUGGUCAGCCCAUUGCCAAAGGAGGUUCCAAUUCCUACUGGCAAUGUGAAGAAUGCGCGCAUGAACAAAGGAGGCGGGAACUGGAACAACAAGUCUUGGCGGAGAUCCAGAAGGACAAGAACACGCUGGAGCAGGAAGCCAUUCUGAGAUGGACCAAAUGGGGCACAGGGAACGCCGUGGUCGAGGCCAAGGCUGGAAGCGGCAAGACCUCGACGAUCAUCCGGUGCUAUCUGCAGAGAAGGAAUGGCAAGUCCAUUUUUUUGGCCUUCAACAAGGCCAUUGUGGAUGAGCUGAUGAAGCGUGGCAUGCCCAGCCGCACGGCGCAUUCGCUGGGCUGGUGGCUCUGGCGGAAGCGCUACGCCGACGCCGACGCCCCAGUGCUUCAGCAGCGACGCCAACGUUGGGAGGAGCUGGGGGAGGAGGGCAACGAGUCCGAGAGCGAAGUGGAAGAAGUCGAGCCAAACAACCCGCUGGUGAAGAACAAGUCCCAGCGUUUGUUGGUAAAACUGUACCCCCAUUCCAAACGGAAGGGGAGAACGGAGCUGCACAAAGAUGUGGCGCAGUUUGUGAAGAAACUCGUGUCGUUUGCAAAGAACUAUGGCCUUGGACUAGACGAUUGCCUGGAGGAUUGUGAUGAGAGUUGGGAAUGGUUAGUGCACCACAAUUCCUUGCAACGCUAUCUCAAGAUGGACAAGGCCCCAGAGGACUCAGUAGCAUCAGCGGUCCGUGAAGGUAUCAAGUGCGCCAAGGAGGUAUGGAAAGCAAGCAUAGCCCUUGCAUCCAAGACAGCUGUGGAGGGUGGCAUGAUGGACUAUGAUGACAUGCUGUUCAUGCUAUUGUGGUUGAACCUGCCCUUUCAGAAAUACGAUUGGAUCUAUGUCGACGAGGCACAAGAUUUGAAUACCGUCCGGAUGUUGCUGGUCAAGAGACUCUGCAAGGAGAACACCAGGGUCAUUGCUGUGGGGGACCCGUGUCAGGCCAUCUAUGGUUUCACCGGCGCCCGGCAUGACUCGCUGCCAUCCUUCCAACAGAAGUUCGGCGCCACGAAGUUCCCCUUGACCAUCACCUGGAGGUGUCCGUCAUCACACGUGCAGUUGGCCAAUCAGCUGCUGAGCUACUACAAGCGGGAAGAGGUGCAAAUGUACCCGUCUCCCACUGCGCACGUCGGUGUCAUUGCCGGGCGCUGGUGGAAUUGGGCGCGAGAGAAUGUGAAGACGGAAACAGAAGUGACCUUUGCCAACUUUCCCUUACGAGGAUCACAUGAUAAUGAUGUGGCCAUUUUGUGCAGAACCAAUGCGCCCUUGUUGAUGUUGCACUACAAAUUGCUGGCGCGUGGCAUUCCAUCACAUUUGAAGGGUGGGAAAGAGGUGACCCGAGAAUUAAUGCAUAUCAUCAACCAGGCUAUGGACAACAUGGAGAUGGCGAUCAGAGAGCCCUCCUUGGGUCAAAUUCACAGAGCCUUGAUCAAAUACCGAACUAGUCGCGCCGCGACGUCUGGCUCCCGCACACAGAAAGCGCAUGACGAGGAUUUGCUGGACUGCUUGGAGUUUUGCAUCAACAGGAUGAACGAGUCUGAUUCCAUGAAGAUGUUAGAAUCGGAGCUGGACCGUGUGUUCGGCUUCAGACAGCACAAGAAAUGUGUGACGCUGUCUUCGAUACAUAAGGCCAAAGGUUUGGAAUGGCAUUCCGUCUACAUCCUUCAACCAUUCAGCCUGCCUCUAAAGAAUCUUGCGGAAGGCGAAGAUGUCCCGGAGUGGGAACGGAUCCAAGAACAGAAUGUGGCAUAUGUGGCAGUGACACGUGCGAGCAGAGAGCUACUCUUCCUGAAACACAUCAAAGGCCUCAAGGAUGACCCUACGAAGAUCGUUGAAGUCUUUGGGGAGGAGACGGCAGGAAGUUCGUCAGAGGAGAAGUGGUGGGAUGAGCACCAACGAAAGGGCACCUUUGAGGACGCGGAAAACCAAACUCCCGAAACGGCCUUUCCUGGUCUUGAUCUUCAGAAGGCUGCAGAGAUUCUGCAAAUUGAAGGUGGUGCGACAGCUGCAGAAAUCAAACGAGCUUUCAAAAAGAGAGUUUUGAUAUUCCAUCCUGACAAAGUGGAGGAACAUCUCAAGAUUGCUUACACGGAACAUUUCAAGAAGAUUGUUGCAGCGAAGGAUUUGUUGCUGGCACAUUUGGUCAAUGAAAAAUUGGAACUGAAGCGCGGUGUGGGAAGUGUGGUCAGUUUCAGUACGCAGUUUGGGUUUUGA